AAUGCGAUUGGUCUAAGCGGCGCGGAGCGCUCGCUUCCAUUGGGCCUCACUCCUGUCAGUCGCGCCGCGGUGCCACUCAGGACAGAUUAGGCUCCAUUUGCCACAACUAAAUAGUUACAUUGUACAUCAAGUAGCAAGGUUUUUGUCCUAAUUGGCGCCUCACCGCGCGCGGCGGAGAGUAACUGUUUGCGAAAACCUCGUCAGUGCGAUUUGAAGGCGGCAAAGUGCGACUUGAUCGUGUCAUCGAACAGAUGUGGAGAAGCUGCUCGGGAGCUGCCCAGCUGAGGUGAAGGGGAGGGCAGAGAAUCCCAGUUAAGCCUGAGUGUGGAUGACCUGCUCCCCGGAAAGAGGACCAUGAUCUGAAGAGGGCGCCGCACACCGAACCCCAUUUUUCCUCUCCUCCUCCCUCUUUUUUUUCUUUUUCUUUUUUUGUUUUUGAAUCUACACGGUGACAUCCUCUCCACCCAGCCGCCUCAAACGGAGUCAGCGUGCACGGAGAGACUAAACUGAGAGACAUCAGGAGGAGGAAGAAAUACAGCGACCGUCAUCUGCGACCUCUGACCUCGCCACUUCCCCUGCUCCUCCCACCACAACACCGGAAACAUGGGGAGGAAAAAGAUUCAGAUUCAGAGGAUCACAGACGAACGCAACAGACAGGUGACUUUCACCAAGCGAAAGUUUGGUCUGAUGAAGAAGGCCUACGAGCUGAGCGUCCUGUGCGACUGCGAGAUCGCCCUCAUCAUCUUCAACCACUCCAACAAGCUGUUCCAGUAUGCCAGCACAGACAUGGACAAGGUCCUGCUCAAGUACACGGAGUACAACGAGCCGCAUGAGAGCCGGACCAACGCCGACAUCAUCGAGACGUUGCGAAAGAAAGGCUUUAAUGGCUGCAACAGCCCCGAGCCUGACGGAGACGACUCCAUCGACCAAAGCCCGCUAAACGACGACAAGUACCGCAAGACAGAGGACCUGGACAGCCUCUUCAAACGCUACGGCGCUCUGAACAAGAAAGAGCACCGGGACUCUGAGAGCCCAGACCCCGAGGAGCCCUUCUCCCUCACCCCCCGCACUGAGGAGAAAUACAAAAAAAUUGACGAGGAGUUUGAUAAAAUGAUGCAGAACUAUAGGCUGUCAUCUACGGUCCCACAGCCCACCUUCUCCAUGCCAGUCACCGUGCCAGUAUCCAAUCAAAACGCAGCAGCCCUCCAGUUCAGUAACAACCCUGGUGGCGCCUUGGUCACCACCACCUCCUUCGUCACCUCCACCCUCACAGACCCCCGCCUCCUGUCACCACAGCAACCGGCUCUGCAGAGGAACACCGUGUCUCCAGGGUUGCCACAGCGACCUGCAAGCGCAGGUGCUCUGUUAGGUGAUAUGGGGAAUUCAAAUGGAGCCUGUCCGAGUCCAGUCCCGAACGGCUACAUCAGUGCCAGGGCCUCCCCGGGCCUCCUCUCCGUAUCCAACGGCAACAGCCUGGGCAAAGUGGUCCCGGCUAAGUCUCCGCCUCCGCCCAACCCACAGAUGGUUAACAGCCGCAAGCCGGACCUGAGGGUCAUCACCUCGCAGAGUGGGAAGAGCCUCAUGCAGCUGACAGAGGAAGAGCUGGAGUUGGUGAGUGAGAAUGCUCAGCGGCUAGGUGGAUCCCAGGCGCUCACCACGCCAGUGGUCUCCGUGGCAACACCCAGUCUCCUAGCGCCCUUCUCCGGCAUGCAGACAGCCUACAACACUGAGUACCAGCUGACGAGUGCAGAUCUCACAGCGCUCCAGACGUUCACACCACCAGGGCUGGUGCCUGGCAACAUGGCUGCUUGGCAACAGCAACAGCAACCUGCAGUCUCCCAGCAGCAGCAUCAGCAGCAGCAUCUGAGCUUGGCGUCGCUCAGUAACUUGGUCAUGUGGGGUGCAGAGAAACAGAAUGCAGAGAUGGUUAACUGCAUCUCCAAUUUCGCUGCUAACCUGAGCUUGGCCUCUCAGUCCAACUUGCUCUUUGGCAGGGAGGACGGCCUCUGCUGGCCGGUGGGCCACAUAUCUCAGGGCGCCGCACUGACAGUCAACACAAACCCCAACAUCAACAUCAAGUCCGAGCCCGUCUCACCAAACCGCGACCGCAGCACUCCCAGCUCCAUCAGCGGUGCCGGGGGAGGCGGCCUGGGUCAAGUCCAGGGACAAGGUCUGGUGUCGGUCGCCUACCCUGGUACCCUGCGCCUGGAAGUGGGAGGUCAAGGCCGCUCGCCCGUCGACAGCCUCAGUAGCAACGGCAGCUCGUACGACGGCAGUGACCGGGACGAUGGCACCCACGGACGAGCCGGGGGUCCGGACUUCCACCAGGCCGGGGCCCAGCAGCCCACCAUGGUCCUCCUGCGGCCCUCGUCAGCCGAACCCCAGGAGCAGGACGGGACCAACGUCAAGAGGAUGAGACUGGACACCUGGGUCACAUAGAGAGAUGACCGCCGAGGGAUGGAUGGAUGGAUGGACAGAUGGAGGAUGGAGGAUGGAGGAAUGAUAUGUGUACUUGUGGCUUGUGUACAUGCCCCCACCAGCCCCGAACUCCCUGGCUCCCUCCCUUUGUGCGCACACACAGACACACACACACAUUAUACCCCAUAACCGACCGUCCACACAAGAAACCACACAUUCAUACAAAUACAACAACCACAAGCAUGCUAACACUCUCAUGUUGCACGUGUGGACCCUGACAUGCACUUGGAUGACAAUGUGCAUACACAUUUGAACUCUUUGAGCCAUCCACACACCCACACACACACACACACACACACACAACCACACACAACCCUGAGGGGUUAAGCCACCAAACCAGGGACUUUAUUCAGCUGUUUGAAUAGAAGUGAAUGAGUUUUUAAGUCAGGCCACAGUGGAAAGUAAAAGCCUAAAUUCGGCCACUUGGACGUUUUUUACAAGCAGGCAGAGCAGCCGCCGGCGUCCUCCCACCCUCAUGUCAUCUUCGUCCGUUUAUCCACUGGAGGUUUGGUGAGACACGACAGCGCUGUAUCAAGUGUCACAGUGCAACGAAAAUGCGUCCACAUCAUCGCAUACGUCGGCCCGACCCACGGGUUGUGUUCCUGUCGCUCUAGAUUGCUGUUUCUCUUCUAAGAGCCUGGGCAGGCUUUUCUUUUCGUUUCUGUUUUUUAAAGAGUGGAGUUUUGUCCUUCUUUCUUGACUGUCGAUCUUUAGAGUUUGGAUUCGUUUCGGUUUUUGAAUAUGAAGACACUAAAAGAAAAACUCGCCUCCCCUCCCUCCCUCUCUCGCCGGACCGGAUGAUGUGGUCAUGGGCUCGGCACUUUGGCCGUGCACAAGACUGAUGACCCACCCCCCAUGCAGUUUAGCUGUAAAAACGAGGAACAUGAUUUGUUGCCGAGGUAAAAGACUGCUUUUCUUUGAAUCAGGGAUGAGCUGCGACAGCUCAGCGAGACAUGACACAGAUUAUACUUCUUUCGCCCACAUCGUGUCAACUGCAGAUGCUGAGAACAACGUGUGUGUGUGUGUUUGGUGUGUGUGUGUGUGUGUGUGUGUGUGUGUGUGUGCGUGUGCGUGUGCGUGUGUGUGUGUUUUGUUACCUCAAGUGGUUGUGUGCUUUUUCUUUUCUUUUCUUUUUUACAAAGCAGUUUAAGCAAAUAUGAAUUCAUCCUUGAUCACACCUGCAAUGCACACAGCAGAAAUUAUUUUUGUGAAGCGACUCGUGUUUUGGAUAGAAAGCUGAUGUUCAAAGAGGAGAAUGGUGAGGUACCAUGUAUAUAAGCAAUCUGUAACCUUUGUGGCUUUUGUGUGACAGGGAUAAGGUGUUUUGAAGGUUUAAAACUAAAUUAGAUCCUAUACAAGUAUAUAUUGAAAGAGCUUCAGGCAGCAGGAGACGACGACAGGGAUUGUAUAUAUAAACUAUAUAUUCGACAGGAUGUCCCUUAACGAAAUAAGCAAACAGGUUGAUUCUCAGUGGAUCGGGCUCUUUUAAAAAAUAGAAUUAUUUAUGCGUGUACAUGAUGUGUAAUAUGUCCACGUGAGGCCAAGAGAGGGCGCUUUAGAGGCAGAAAGGGAAGGAGUAGCCUGGUGACUCGAGACUGUUUUGAGUGAGCAUUGGUUCGCACUCUGUCACAGAUGGAGCGCACUUUACCUUACAACCCCCCACCCACCCACCUUAACACACCUGACCCAUGGAUACACACACACACUCACAGUAUACAUGCUCACUAGGGUAAGACUGAUAUACCUGUCUGGCUUCGAAAAACAUGUUUUAACAAUGAGCUAGAAUAGACACAUUUUUGCACAAAAUGAAAUCCUCCAAAUAUAAUUUUAUAGUAGUUUAUUUUGAAUAAUUUAUCACUUUACGUGAGAGCUCCCAUUAGUGUGGCGCACUGUUUAAAAAAAACUAAGAGAUUUAAUUUAACGUAGUUUAAAUACAAAACAGUAAACCUGAACAUUAGGGCAAAAAUCAAUUGUAAGACGGGAGGAUAAACAAGUUGAUAUAAUAACUUGAAUGGCUUUUCAGUGGAGCGCAGUUUUAUGAAACCACAUUUAAAUGUGCUUAUUUGUACAAGGAUCUGCACCAAAUUUCUCACACUGAGAUAUCAGUCUCCUAGAUAUGUCUGAUUAUUAUUUUUUUUAUCAAGAUUCUUGAAUUAUUCCUUGUCAAAGAAACAACCUAUCUUACAAAUAAAUUCUGGGAUCCUCCUCAAGAUGUCAUGGAUUCUUUUUUGGUCCAUGUUCCGUCCUUCCACCACCAAGUUUUGUGUGAAUCUGUUCAGUUGUUUUUGUGUAAUCAUGCGGUUAUAAAACAAACAAAUGGGACAGGGGUGAAAACAGAACUAACUAAUUGUAUGACCGAAUAUGACAAGAAUAUACGUAAGUAAGCAAAUAUAAUAACAAAAAGUACAAUCUAAAACCCUUUGGAAGGAGGAUUUCGCAAAAGUUAUUGAAUAAUUUAUCUCUUUAAAAGAGAGUCGUGGCGUAGAAAUAACUGGAGCAUUUCAUGAACAUUCGAUAAUGUUUUUAAGAUCAGUUAAAAAAUUGUGGAUUAUUAUUUAUUUAUUUUUUAUACAUUAACAACUGAAAAGUUCAUAACACAAAAAAAAACGUCACUGAAGAUCUGCGAACCCUGUUUCAUCACUUUGCUGUUCAGGUUUUCAGAAGCUGCUCUGCUCUAUGAUCACUGCUUAUUAGUAAGUACGUUUUUUAAACAUAUCAAAGUGUUUUGAGUAUUCAUAGUGUCAGAACAAAGGUCUCACAGAAACAUCAGUCAAACUCCAGAACACACAAAUAGUAAAUGAGCCAAGGACCCCUUAUAUAUAUAUAUAUAUAUAUAUAUAUAUAUAUAUAUAUAUAUAUACACACACACACAUAUAUAAAGAGUCUAUGAAGGCAGAAGAACUGUGAAGGAAGUCAUGUUUGUACUUUACAGAAGUGGUGAGGGGCUGAUUAGGAGGUUUAGUGGGUAGAUUUCUAAAAAACACAGCGGUCAAGAGAGCAAACGCGCUCUCCGCCUUGAUUCCGUCGCUUGUUGAAAGCUUCGGAGGCUGAGUUUUUUUUUCAUAUCGUCUGUCGUUAAGCCGGAGGUUUCAGAACGAGUCCUGAUAUUUUAAUGACUGUGCCUCCCAAAUCCAGCGCAGACUCUGGUUGUUACUACAUCCAGCCUCCACGUCCUUCUGAUGGGCAGACCCUCAUCACCUCCCCGUCAGCCCCCCCGUCACUCACCACCACCCCCUCCACCCACAUCUCUCGAAGCUUAAUGUCAAGAAGACACACACAAACAUACAAACACAUCUCAUUACACUCUCCCUGUCAGUUGACUCCGUCCAGACAGCGAGUGUCAGGGCUGAAGUUUGACAACAAGUCAAAUUAUCUUUGGGUCAUUUGAACGGGUAACACGACCCAGCGCCCCCACCCACCUUCUUCUCCUCUCCUCUCCCCUCCAGCCUCCUCACACACGACUCCAAUCAUACUCUCCCCCCUCCAUCUCUUCAUUUCUCUUUCUCUGUCGCUCACCUCUCAAACUCUUGUCCACUCUCGAGUCUGAAAAAAUGGAUUUUCUGAACGUAUAAACACUUAGACUGUUAAGACUGUUGUGCCCUGAGCUUCGCACAAAAAUCAACCCUACAUAUAGGGCCGCAAGCCAUAGGCUCAUCCAAAUACGAAACAAAAUGCCGUCCUUUGCCACGGGACACGCAGGACUGGGAGGGCAAGAGCUCAGAGCAACACUUGGUGGCUCUGUGAUCACAAAACAGAAAGACAAUCGUGCUGAGAAAUAGUUUUAAGAACCUGAAUCUCCCUCCCACCCCCCAACCCCCCCAAGGAAAAAAGAAAAAAAGAAAAAAACAUACUGGCUCCUGUAUAAUGAUGUUUAGACGUCUCACUCACUUUCCAGUGUUAAUAUGUGCUGGUGACAGUCGGUUUUUAUUGUUCUCUGAGAAUUAAUAUGAGUAUUCUCCUCAUUACCACAGCUGUCACUGAUGGUAGCUGUUAUGAUGAUAUAGAAACCUGCGUUUUUGUUUGUUUUCUUUUUUUGGGGUGUAGGUUAGGCAUCUUGUUUUAUUUGGAAUUUUGAUUUAAUUUUAUUAUAUGAAAAUAUUCUAUAAAUAUAUAUUUUUUGUUUUCCUUGUUUUUUCUUCAAAAAGGGUGUGUUACUGAUAUGUUGCACGAUUUUUAACGACACAGGCGUCGUGACAUUAGCGCGUGUGGCGGCGGAGGCGCUGAGCGAGUCGACUGCGACAAAACGCUUCAAUGCUGCAACUUUGAGUCCAAUGUACAAACCACACACGGUAACAGGAAGUUGGGGGGUACGGUUGGGGCGGGGUGGGGUCGGCAGCGUGACACAUCUAACUUAUUUCUGACCAGACACAAUGAUGUCAAUGCAUGUGCGUUUCAAAAACAAGAGAAGAGUGAAUCAUGUUAUAGGAAAUCAAAUGUAAUAUCGACACAAAUAUACAUCACACACAAAUACAUUUAAGGAGAAAAAAAAUUGAAACUGAAGAAAAAAAAAGUUUAAAAUAAAUUAUAGCUAAUAUAUUGUGUUCGGCUAGUCUGCUUUUUUUGUUGUAAAGAUAAAGAUUUUUUUGUUGUUUUUGGAGAAUGAUAUACAAUUUGUGUAUAUUUUCAUAAAUAAAGUAUGCACUGAUAUGUUAUUACAAAUUCUAUACUGCUUUUACAAAAAAAGUGUUUGUUAUUGUACCAAAGUAUCCAUUGGUCCCCUCUUCCCCUCCUCCCCUUUUGCGUAUGUUUUACCGUAUUUUAUAUAUUAAAUAGACAAGUUGACCUAAAGA